CCUAGUUUUCCCUUCUCUCGUCUCACAAGGCACGGAUCACCGCGUACACGACGAGGUGAAGAGACUGAAAGGAUCGAUCGACUCUCAUGGCGUUCGGCCCGAGGAAGAUGGCCUGCGCGCUCGCGGUGCUCGUGUUCGGGCUCUGCCUCGGCGGCGCGCGGGCGGCGACGGGGAGGAUCGACGAUGGCCUGGAGGUGAUGUGGGGCGACGGCCGAGGGAGCGUGUCGCCGGACGGCCAGGUGAUGACGCUGUCGCUCGACCGCACCUCCGGCUCCGGGUGGCGGUCCAAGAACACGUACCUCUUCGCGCGCGUAGACCUGCAGGUCAAGCUCGUCGCCAACAACUCCGCCGGCACGGUCACCACAUGCUACUUCAUGUCGGAAGGGGAGUGGGAAAUCCACGACGAGGUCGACCUGGAGUUCCUCGGCAACGUCACCGGCCAGCCCUACACGCUCCACACCAACGUCUUCGCCAACGGCACCGGCGGCAAAGAGCAGCAGUUCCACCUCUGGUUCGACCCCACCACCGACUUCCACACCUACUCCAUCGUCUGGACCGCGCAGCACAUCCUCGUGCUGGUGGACGGGACGCCGAUCAGGGAGACGAAGAACCACGCGGACAAGGGGGUCGCCUACCCGUCGUCGCAGCGCAUGCGGCUGUACGGGAGCCUGUGGAACGCCGACGACUGGGCCACGCAGGGCGGGCGCGUCAAGACGGACUGGUCGCGGGCGCCGUUCGUCGCUCAGUACCGCAACUUCACCGCCGCGGACGCCGCGUCGGAGCCGGCCGGGUACGACCAGGAGAUGGACGCGACGGCGCAGCAGGCCAUGAAGUGGGCGCGCGACAACUACAUGGUGUACGACUACUGCCAGGACGGCAAGCGGUUCCCGCUGGGCUUCCCGCCCGAGUGCUACAUGCCGUAGAGUAGAGACGCGCCAAGCCUGAAGGCACUUUGAUUGCAGACUCCAUCUCACACAGCCACCCAUGGCUUUGACCUUGUUUUUUUUUUCUCUCUCACCUGAAUUGAUUCAUUCUUUCCAUGUAAAGUAGAUAUAUAAAUAUGUAUACAUGUGUAUGCACGAAAGAUUUAAAGAAAUGAAA